UCCUUACGUUAACGUCUCAACCAUUUCCAUUUUUCUCUCCUCACACAAUUCCAGAGAGAACACACAAACAAACUUCCAGAGAGAAUAAAUAUAUAGAUAGAUAGAGUGUGUAUGAUGUGAUCAAAGAUCUAGAGAAUUGCAUGAAUCUCAUGAACAGUACAGGAGCAAUCGUGUUGGGUUUCUAUUGCUGGGACUGGGAAUUCUUAACUGCCCUUCUUCUUUUCUCCUCCUCCUACUAAUUUUCUUUUCUUACUUCUUCAAAUAGAGAUAUGGUGGGGGAGUUGUUGGUCACAAAGUCUUCUCCAUCCCCCUUCCUCCUGAAAACUUACAUGUUGGUUGAUGAUCCCGCCACCGACCAUGUGGUGUCUUGGAACGCGGCUGGGACGGGCUUCGUCGUGUGGCAGCCGGCUGAGUUCGCUCGCGACUUGCUUCCGACUCUCUUCAAACACAGCAACUUUUCCAGUUUUGUUCGACAACUCAAUACCUAUGGUUUCCGUAAAGUUGCAACAAGCCGAUGGGAAUUCUGCAACGAAAGGUUUCACAAAGGUCACAAAGAGGUGCUAUGUCAAAUUAGAAGAAGGAAAUCAUGGGCCAACAAGGCACAACCAGUCACUCAAACACUGAAAGAAUCUGAUGAAGAUCAAAGAUCUUCAUCUACCAAUUCUCUAUCCUCAGGAUACAACAUCCUCAUGGAUGAGAACCAUAAGCUCAAGAACGAGAAUAAAGUGUUAUGUUCUGAGCUUUGGAGCAUGAGAAAGAAGUGCAAGGAGCUCCUUGAUUUGGUUAGUAUGUACGCUGCUAGUAGCUCAAACAAAGAAGAGGAAGAUGACCAAAGGCCAAAACUGUUUGGGGUAAGGUUGGAGGUGCAUGGUGAUAAGGAGAGAAAGAGGAAAAGGCAUGAAGAGGUUAGUGAGAGUGCAAGAAGAAUUUUACUUUCAGUCAAUGCAAACAAGUAGAUAGCUUUCUAGACAUACAGAAAUAACUUUUAUCAAAUGUAUCACUUUGAAAGAAAUGUUUCAAAGUGUCUUAUAGUGCAUGUAUAGGAGCUGAGGUAUACGUCUAUGGUCUCAGGCUAUAUAUGUAGUUUUAAAUUGCAAAAAUAUUGUAAGCAUAAAAACAUUUAUGUUACAUCAAUUGAACUAAUCUUGUCAUGAUUUAAUUGUUA